CCUCAUUAGCAACCGGGGGAUGAACCUCGCCAGCCCCGCAGCCCCGCGCCGUGGGCCCCACUCUGCGGGGAACGCCACAGGGAGACGUGGAAAGCACAAAGAGCUUGCUGGCAAGAGCAGUGGUGGUGCCCACGCUGCCACUGCCACUGCUGGGGCCACCGCCGUGGGUGGCAGGAACCGGACGCUGGGUACGACACCACGAGCAGCUCCUACAGUGGCUGGCACUGGCCAGAAUGGGCAGGAGCAGAGGAGAACAGCUCCUGGAGCAGAUGGCACUGGCCAGGAUGGGCAGGAGCAGAGGAGAGCAGCUCCUACAGUGACUGGCACUGGCCAGGAUGGGCUGGAGCAGAGGGAAACAGCUCCUGGAGCGGCUGGGACUGGCCAGGAUGAGCAGGAGCGAGGGGGAGCAGCUCCUACAGCUGCUGGGACUGGCCGGGAUGGGCAGGAACAAGCAGGGGGCAGCCCGGGAAUGCACAGAGUCCUGUCCAUGGAUGCAACGCUCUCCCCAAGGGACCCCCGAGCUCCCGGCCAGUUUGGACACCCUGUUGUUGUCCCUGAUGAUAAACAAGAAGAAGCGAAAAGCAGAUGGAAAGAAGGAAACUUUAAUGUCUACCUCAGCGAUCUGAUCCCUGUGGAUCGAGCCAUCGCAGACACCAGGCCGGCCGGGUGCUCUGAGCAGCAGGUCCACGACGACCUGCCGAGCACCAGCAUCAUCAUGUGCUUUGUGGACGAGGUGUGGUCCACCCUGCUGCGCUCCGUGCACAGCGUGCUCGGCCGCUCGCCCCCGCACCUCGUCGAGGAGAUCAUCCUGGUGGACGACUUCAGCACCAAGGAGUACCUGAAGGAGCAGCUGGACGCGUACAUGUCGCGCUUCCCCAAGGUGAAGAUCCUGCGCCUCCGGGAGAGGCACGGGCUGAUCCGGGCCAGGCUGGCGGGAGCUGAGGUCGCCAGAGGCGCUGUGCUGACCUUCCUGGACUCGCACGUGGAGUGCAACGUGGGCUGGCUGGAGCCGCUGCUGCAGCGCGUGCGCCUGCGCCGCACCAAGGUGGCCUGCCCCGUCAUCGAGGUCAUCAGCGACAAGGACAUGAGUUACAUGACCGUGGACAACUUCCAGCGUGGGAUUUUUACUUGGCCAAUGAAUUUUGGAUGGAGGCAGAUUCCACAAGAGGUCAUUGAGAAAAAUAAGAUCAAGGAAACUGAUAUAAUAAGGUGCCCCGUCAUGGCAGGCGGCCUGUUCUCCAUCGAUAAGAAGUAUUUUUCUGAGUUGGGAAUGUACGACCCAGGACUGGAUGUCUGGGGAGGGGAAAAUAUGGAGAUUUCAUUCAAGGUCUGGAUGUGCGGAGGAGAGAUCGAGAUAGUUCCGUGCUCCAGAGUCGGGCACAUUUUCAGGAAUGACAAUCCUUAUUCCUUCCCCAAAGACCGUGUGAGGACGGUGGAGAGGAACCUGGCCCGCGUGGCAGAGGUGUGGCUGGACGAGUACAAGGAGCUGUUCUACGGCCAUGCCUAUCACCUGCUGCACAGCGCCGUGGAUGUCGGCGACCUGAGCCAGCAGAUCCGGCUGCGGGAGCAGCUCCGCUGCAAAAGCUUCCGCUGGUACCUGGAGAACGUGUACCCGGACCUGGAAGCUCCGCUGGUUAAAGCCAGUGGGCUGCUCGUUAACGUGGCCCUGGCGGGGUGCAUCGCUGUGGAAGGCACCAGCCUGGCGUUUGAGGAGUGUGACGUUAACAGCACGCACCAGAAGUUCAACUACACCUGGCUGAGGCUGAUCCAGCACGGAGAGCUGUGCGUGGCCCCGGCUGGCGUCGUGGGAGCCGUGGGCCUGCGCCGCUGCCAGGGCAGGAGCCGCAGCCUGGCCUGGCUCCACAGGUCGCUGGCCACCGUCCAGCCGGGGCUGACCCACCACCUGGUCUCGGAGCACCGGCAGCUCCCGCAGCCGGCGUGCCUGGAGGUGGAUCCCUCGUACAGAGCGCUGCGGGUGAAGGGCUGUGACCCCAGGAACCCCCACCAGAAGUGGCAGUUCAGCAGGUACCACGCGGACUGAGGGCAGCCCGCUGCACCACGACUGCCACGGUGUCACCGCAGGCUCGGGGGGACAUCGGCGUGGCUGACCAAGGGGGAACUGGAAUUGUGAUGUGAUACCUGCACGUGGAGGGAUCCAGACACCCAGAGCAGCACGUCUGCAGAGCCUGAACACAGC